CAAUUUCUAUUUCUGUCAGAAAAACAUUUCUCAAUCGCUGAUUGCACGUUUGAGGUUCAAGUGAAUAUUAAAAAUGCGGUGCUUUAUUUUUGUAAUUUUACCAUUCUCGUUAAUUUUUGUGUCGUACUCAAAUGCAUUAAAUGUCAAUUGUGACUUCAAGUCAUCAAGUAUCGAGAUUUAUGGACCUUUAAAAACUCCUUAUCAAUGUGCGGCCAGAGAUCAGCAAGUUCAAGGCUUUGGGAGUGUCGAUAGUGUUCUUGGCACUCAUCUUGCUGGGAAAACUAACAACGACACACGAUUAAUCAACAUCAAGAAAAUAAAAUGCGAUCGAAUGCCAAAGAACUUUAACAAAUAUUUUCCAAACCUUGAAGGAAUUUUUGCAUUUUCUACAGGCAUGAAAACAGUCAAAAAGGAAGAUUUAGAUGUUUUUCCAAAGCUCAGAUAUCUCGAUAUGAGUAAUAACAAGAUCGACACCUUAGCAAGUAAUUUAUUCGAGGGAAAUACCGAAUUAGAAUGGAUCGACUUUGCCGAUAAUUAUUUACGUAACAUUGGAAUAAAUCUUUUGACACCACUUACAAAAUUAAAUUACGCUGACUUUCAAUCUAAUCGCUGUGUAGAUAAACGAGCUAGAGACAAAACAACUUUAUACGAGUUACAAUUGGAAUUGAGAAAAUUGCAAUGCGCUUUGAACGAUGCUUAAAGAGACGCAUGAAAGAACUUUUUGAUUUUUAAUUCCAAAGAAUGAAAAUAAAAAUAGGUAAUACCUAAGAGAAGAGAAUUUGUCAAAGUUUUUCUUUUAAAUUAUUUACAUCAUGGUCAUUCUGAUCAUUAGCACAUUAUAUUUACAAAUACGUAGAUAAUUACCUAUUUAAUUUUGUCAAAAAGAAUUUCUCAAAUAUUAUUACGUGCUUUAGUCACUAAAUUUUCAUUUAUCUCUUAAAUUAAAAAUUAUUUUGGUAAACUUUGUGUUGCUGAAUAAUUCAAUGGUUAAUGUUUAAGUGUUAGUGAUCUUCUGAAGAUGUAUUUAUGAUUCCAGCUAUAUGAAGAAUCCAAGAAACUGGUUUGUAAAUGUAAUUUCUCUUCCGAAACUUAUUUAUUCUCUCGUUAAUA